CAUGCUCCAGGGAAGGGCGGCUUGUCCCGUGGCCAACAGACGCCCCGGGGCCCAGAGGGGCAAGAGAGCCGGGACCGGGCAUGGAGCCUGGGGCCGGGCCCUCCAGGGCCCUGCAGGACAGGAAGGCGGAGUCUCAGCAACAGGCUCGGGCCCAGCCCGUCGAGGGCCACGGCCGGAUACUGCUGUUCGGCGAGCUCUGGAAGCAGGAUGAGGACUGCCUGACCGUGCAGGACGUUUUGGAGCAGGCUCCGGACGAUCACUGCGCCAGGCCCUCGUCCACUCGAACCGCGAGCUACCACAGCAGCUGCGCCACGCGGCAGCGCAAGCGUCCCGGCCACAGCGGGUGGGACAGCGCCGACUGCCCGGCCGCCAAGUCCAGGCGCUGCGCCAAAGAGAGGAGGUGCGACAGGUGCAAGGCCACGGACCCGUGCGAGUGCCGGGCGGCUCGGGCUGGGUCUGAGACCUCCUGCCGCGAGGCGGCGGAGGAGCCGCCGUCGGGAGGCUGGGUGCCCUGCCCGGCGCCCCAGCGCAGCCCCCGGCUGCUCCUGGUGCUGUGCCGCGCGUCGGCGCUGCGCUCCAACCUGCCGCGGCUGCAGCUGCUCCUGCAGCAGGUGCAGGCGCGGCACCGCCAGCCGCCUGCUGCGCUUGUCGGGAUCGUGGUGCAGCCGCAGCCGGAAGAGGAGGCCGAGGCGCGCCGCCGCUUGGAGACCCUGCUCUGCAGCGCCUUCGCGCCGCACAGCCCCUCGGUGGAGGUGCACACGGCGGUGUUCCGCCCUAGCCGCUCGGACUGCGUCCUGGACGUCCAGCCCGCCGCCAGCACAGGGCGCAAUGCCAGGGCUCGGGGCAGCGUCCUUCUCGUGGAUCAGGAGACCCAGACGGAUGGAUGUUAUUUAUUUAUUUGUUUGAAGCGGGGAGGCAAGAGGGAGAGGAAGGGGGAGAAUCUCAAGCAGAUUCCGAGUCAAGCACAGAGCCUGAAGUGGGGCCCAAUUCCACGACCCUGAGAUCAUGACUUGAGCUGAAAUCAAGUCAGACGUUCAACCAACUGAGCCACCCAGGUGCCCCUAAAAUCUAAAUGGAACCCACAUCCAUGGCUGGAGGGAACACAGAAUGGUGCGGCUGGUGCUGAAAACAAUCUGGCAGUUCCUCAAACGGUCAAAUGCAAAGUUACUAUAUGACCGAGCAAUUCCACUCCUGGGGACAAACCCAAGAGAAUUAAAAAUAGAACAUCCAUACAAAAACGUGCACAUGAAUGUUCACAGCGCCAUUAAUUAAUGGUAGCCAAGAAGUGGGACAAACUCAAUAUCAACAAUCUGAUGAACGGAUAAACAGCAUGUGGUACAUCCAUACAAUGAAAUCCUAUUUGGCACCACUGACGCGUGCUACAACAUGGAUGAGCCUGAGACACAUUGGGCUAAGUGAAAGAAGCUAGCCCUCCAAAACCCACAUGUUGUACACGAUUCCAUUUAUGAAAUGUGCAGAAUAGGCAAAUCCAUUGAUCGGAACUGGGGGGAGGUGGGGAAAGGAGUGACCGCAAAUGGCCAUGGGGUUUCCUUGGAGCGCAAGAUGAAAAUGUUCUGGAAUUAGGCAGUAAUGAUGGAUUUACAUUUUUGUUAAUAUACCAAAAACCACUAAACAUUUUAAAGAAUAAAUGUUACGACACAGAAAUUAAAUGUCUAUUAAAACAAUUAACAAAGAAAAAAGAUAAGGCUUGCCUUUUAGAAUCCCUUCCUUCUCCAUUCCAGGAAAAUAACUGUGGUAGGCAGGUCUAAGGAGGAAGUGUGUGUUGUCUGCCCCAUUGAUCACUGGCUUUGGGAGCUUAUGUUGGAAGAACGUGUAGCUGUGUCAAGAAGCCAGGACCCAAGCCAGGAGGAAGAAACUGUCCGUCGGAAGUCCUCCUGUGUAACAGCAGACGGCGCCAUAUCUGAGGACUCCUGGCAUCCUCAGCAGAGGACAAAUGGGAGAGAAGUUUGGGAAAGUGUUUCAAGGACUGUAAAUUGGAGCAGCCACUGUCUUCUGGAUCAGUCAAUAAACUGCAGAAGAAUGGACCAUGUUCCAGUGGAAUCUCAGAGUCACUCUCCUACCGCUGUCAUUUUCUGCGAAUUCCAUGGAUGGAGCACCAAACGAGUUAGAAGCCCUGAGCUGAAACCCACUUCUUCCAAUCUCUGUGUUACAAGGCCACACCCCAUCUAUUCUUUGAGACUCAGUUUCCCUGUUUAUAAACUGAGAAUAAAAAAAUAAUAGCGCCAUUAUUUCAAAAUGGCCUGCGGAGCUCCAGGUUCUAAAACAACCAGGUUCCCCUGCUAGUCUUCCGUCCCUUGUCUCCCUAGCUCUCCCACGCCUCCUAGAGGCAGGGCUCCC